CUCAUAAAAAUUGAAUUCCUUUAGAACCUCUGGAAUCUGGAACCUCUCAUAUGUGAUACGCAAAGCUCGAAUUGCAGAAGCUCGUUCCAGUUGUAAAUGAGUGGCAAAAGUGCUUUGUCAAACGUAAAUAUGCCAUACCUUAAUCACAAGCAUGUUAUCACACAAGAACUUGAUGAGCCCUAUAGUGAUACUACCUCUGAUGAUUAUGAUGGGGAGGAUGAUGGUAGCAGUGUUGAUACUGACCACGACGUUGAUGUUGACAAUACUGGAAAUAAAGAAACAAUGUGGCUUGGUUUUGUUGAAAAGCCAGAGAAUAGGUCAUCGCUUCUUCGCCAUUCGUUUCCCAGCAAGGCUGGUGGAACACCGGCAUGGUUAGACCCACUUCAUUUGCCAACAGGAAAGUCAUAUCUUUGUGACUUUUGUGAAGAGCCUCUACAAUUUGUUCUUCAGGUUUAUGCACCAAUCAAUAUCGAAUCUGCCCAACAUCGAAUGUUUUUUGUUUUUAUGUGUCCAUCAAUGACUUGUCUACGUAAAGAUCAACCUGAACAACUGAAAAAGGCUAAUGAGGCAAGGUCUCGAAGUGUGAAAGUGUUUCGUUGCCAACUGCCUCUCUUAAAUCCUUUCUACAAAUUGAAGAACCAUCAUAACAAUGGGAGUACUAGUCACUCACAGCUUGAAGCUCCACUUUGUUCAUGGUGUGGUACAUGGAAAGGAAAUCAAUUAUGUAGUGGCUGUCGAAGGGUGUGCUACUGCUCCAAGAAACAUCAGAUUCUCCACUGGCGUUCACAUCAUAAAGAUGAUUGCAAUCAGUUGUCCAAUUCUAGUUUGCAUAAUGGUAAAUCUACCUUAGCAAAGAUAGAAAGAGCUAGCAAUUCUUUGUGGCAUGAAUACGAGAUUGUAUUUGGAAGGCGCAAAUUCGCAACACAAGUCUCCGAGUGUGGUAGUUCACUAUUCUCCGAGUGUAAUGAAACUGGUAAUUCACUAAUGUCCAUUCAAGGAAUGGAUGGAAAUAUGAAGUCAACAUUAGAAGACUUAGAUGUUGACAAUGAGAAGAAGAGUUUGGCCUCUUUUGCAAAGCACAUAAGCGAGGAUCCUGCCCAAGUAUUGAGGUGUUGGGUAAGUGAUGGUAAACCCUUAUGGCCAGAGUCACACAGAAGUCCAUCAACAGCAAACAUUCCUCAGUGUGCCUACUGUAAUGGCUCCCUAAGAUUUGAAUUUCAGAUAAUGCCACAGCUGCUUUAUUAUUUUGGUGUUGAGAAUGAGGUUGAUUCCCUAGAUUGGGCUACUAUUGCUAUCUACACAUGCAACUCGUCUUGUGACUCUAAUGUUGCUUAUAUGGAAGAGUUUCCUUUGGUUCAACUUUAUUCAUGAAUGAAUCAUGAUGUACUUUAGUUUUUCUUGAUAUUUUUAAAACCAACAUUUGAUUGGCACAAAGUAAUUCCAAGGUAAUAGUCCCUUUCCCUUGUGCUCUUUAAAUGUGAACGUGAUAAUAUGAUUAAUAUUCAAUGCAUAUCCUACUUACAUCAUGUAUUGUAAGCUUUAGGACUCAAA